AGCCAUCAGCCUCCCCGAAGAAGCAGAUUCCUUCGUGCUUCCUCCCAACCAAAAAGAGAAAAAGAAAAUAAUUUAAAAUUGAGUUUUCCUCCUGCCCAGCAUCUAUAAAUAGCCCCUUUCGGAACCAUUGCGGCCUUCUUUCCCCCAACUUUUGAUCUGCUUUGCUUUGUUCUCCUUGGUGUUGCUUCCCUUUCUGGUUGUUCCUUCGGGUUUCUUGAUGUUUCUCGGAUCAGGCUUUGAAGCAGUAACUUCUUCCUGGCCUUUAUGAGCUGCUCAGUUCACUUCCGCUGGAUACCUCUGCUUCAGUCCUUCUCUGUUGUCUUUCUCUACUGGUUCUACGUGUUCUCUUGAACUGACUUACCGUUUCUCUCCGCUUGAAUUUUCCUUCUUUUUUUUUAGCCGUUGAUUCUGCAAUUUACUCCUUAGUCCUUGUUGUUUGAGAUUCUUGUAAAUAAGAGCCAUGUCUUCCCCGUUGCAAUUCAACGCCACGGACGCAGCGACAGCUGCGGCAUCAUCACCCCCUUCACCCCCUGCGCUAGUAGCUAGUCAUGUGCAGAGCAGUUCUGGAUCAGAGGGAGAUCCCCAUUCUGUAGUCGAUGAAAGGAAGCGUAAACGAAUGAUCUCAAAUCGGGAGUCGGCUAGGCGGUCUAGGAUGAGGAAGCAACAGCACUUGGAUGAACUGUUAGGCCAAGUGACCCGCCUCCAGACUGAAAAUAACCAGAUGGUAUCAAGGAUUGAUGCGGCAGCGCAACAGUAUCAGGGAAUCGACGGCGAGAAUGCCGUUUUGCGAGCUCAGGUCAAUGAGCUGACUGAGAGGCUCCAAUAUUUGAACUCUGUGCUUCAUUUCUUGGAAGAUUUCAGUGGAAUGGCCAUGGACAUCCCGGAGAUUCCGGACCCGCUUUUGAAGCCAUGGCAGCUGCCUUGCCCGCCUCAGCCUAUUUUUGCAUCUGCCGACAUGUUGCAAUACUGAUCGGUUGUUGCUCAGGAGAGUAAAAACUUGUUAACUUCUCAUCUCGGUUCUGCUGAGUUUGUAUGAGUAGUUGCCUCUCUGAGUUUGUAUGAGUAGUUGCCUCUCUGAUUCCUUUCUUUGUGUUUUCGUUGUCAUUGGUUGAUGUGAGGCACGAGAAUGUAAGCUCUGCGCUGGUUCAUGAAUGUUGCUAUGAAAUGGGGUGUGGUGUUUCUGUUUA